AGGCCAAGAUGCUCAAGUCUAAGACUUUCUUGAAAAAGACGCGCGCGGGAGGCGUGAUGAAGAUCGUGCGGGAGCAUUACCUGCGAGACGACAUCGGCUGCGGGGCGUCCGGCUGCUCUGCCUGCGGGGCAGCCCACGAGGGCCCUGUUCUCGAGCCCAACCCCCUGGGGCCUGCGAGCAGCUUGUGUCCGUGGCCGCAUUACUUGCUGCCCGACACCAACGUUCUGCUGCACCAGAUCGAUGUCCUUGAGGACCCUGCCAUCAGAAAUGUGAUUGUUCUUCAAACUGUUCAACAAGAAGUGAGAAAUCGGAGCGCGCCAGUGUAUAAACGAAUCCGAGACUUGACUAAUAACCAGGAGAAGCAUUUCUAUACAUUCACUAAUGAGCACCAUAGAGAAACUUACAUAGAACAAAAACAGGGAGAAAAUUCCAAUGACAGGAACGAUAGAGCCAUUCGAGUAGCUGCAAAGUGGUACAAUGAACAUUUGAAGAACUUGUUGCCCGAGAAUCAGCUGCAAGUUGUCCUCAUAACAAAUGACAGAAAAAACAAAGAGAAAGCCGUAGAAGAGGGAAUACUAGCAUACACCUGUGAAGAGUAUGUAAAAAGCCUCACUUCUAAUCCUGAACUUGUAGAUCGUCUUGCUUGCCUGUCAGAAGAAGGGAAUGAAAUAGAAAAUGGAAGAAUAAUAUUUUCAGAACAUCUUCCCUUAAGUAAGUUACAACAAGGCAUAAAAUCUGGUACCUACUUUCAAGGAACAUUUAGAGCAAGCAGAGAAAAUUACCUAGAAGCUACAGUAUGGGUUCAUGGAGAUGCUGAAGAAAAUAAAGAGAUAAUUGUACAAGGACUUAAAAACUUAAAUCGAGCUGUUCACGAAGACAUUGUGGCUGUAGAGCUUCUCCCCAAGAACCAGUGGAGAGCACCAUCUUCUGUGGUUUUACUUGAUGAGGGACAGAAUGAGGAUGAUGUGGAAAAAGAAGAGGAGAAUGAACGCAUUCUUAAAACUACGCUAAGUGAAAAGAUGUUGAAACCUACUGGGAGAGUUGUUGGAAUAAUAAAAAGGAAUUGGAGACCAUAUUGUGGCAUGCUAUCCAAGUCUGAUAUUAAAGAGUCACGAAGGCAUCUUUUUACACCUGCUGAGAAGAGAAUUCCUCGAAUUCGCAUAGAAACCCGACAGGCUUCUAACUUAGAAGGCCGGAGAAUUAUUGUUGCUAUUGAUGGCUGGCCCAGAAAUUCCAGAUACCCAAAUGGACAUUUUGUAAAAAAUUUAGGUGAUGUUGGAGAAAAAGAAACUGAAACAGAAGUUUUGUUACUUGAACAUGAUGUUCCCCAUCAGCCUUUCUCACAGGCUGUUCUUAGCUUUCUACCAAAGAUGCCCUGGAGCAUUACUGAAAAGGACAUGGAAAACCGAGAAGAUCUGAGACAUCUUUGUAUUUGUAGUGUGGACCCACCUGGUUGUACUGACAUAGAUGACGCUUUGCAUUGUAGAGAACUUGAGAAUGGGAAUUUGGAGGUUGGUGUUCAUAUUGCUGAUGUGAGCCAUUUUAUUAGACCAGGAAAUGCUUUGGAUCAAGAAUCAGCCAGAAGGGGAACUACUGUGUAUCUUUGUGAAAAGAGAAUCGACAUGGUUCCAGAGUUGCUUAGCUCCAACUUAUGUUCCUUAAGAUGUAACGUUGAUAGGUUGGCAUUUUCAUGUAUUUGGGAAAUGAAUCACAAUGCUGAAAUUUUAAAAACUAGGUUUACCAAAAGUGCCAUUAAUUCAAAGGCUUCCCUGACAUAUGCUGAAGCUCAGAUGAGAAUUGAUUCAGCAUCCAUGAAAGAUGAUAUUACCACCAGUCUCCGUGGACUAAACAAACUAGCAAAAAUUUUGAAAAGAGGAAGAAUUGAGAAAGGUGCUUUGACUCUCUCUUCUCCAGAAGUUCGAUUCCACAUGGACAGUGAAACUCAUGAUCCUAUAGAUCUGCAGACUAAGGAACUUAGAGAAACAAAUUCCAUGGUGGAAGAGUUUAUGUUACUUGCCAAUAUUUCUGUUGCAAAAAAAAUUCAUGAAGAAUUUUCUGAACAUGCUCUACUUCGGAAACAUCCUGCUCCUCCGCCAUCCAAUUAUGAUAUCCUUGUUAAGGCGGCUAAAUCCAAGGAUUUGGAAAUUAAAACUGAUACAGCCAAAUCUUUGGCUGACUCCCUGGACAAAGCAGACUCCCCUAUUUUCCCAUAUCUCAACACCCUGUUAAGAAUAUUAGCCACUCGCUGUAUGAUGCAAGCAGUUUACUUCUGUUCUGGAAUGGAUAAUGAUUUUCAUCAUUAUGGCUUAGCAUCCCCAAUAUAUACACAUUUUACUUCACCAAUCAGAAGGUAUGCAGACAUCAUUGUUCAUCGAUUGUUGGCUGUAGCUAUUGGAGCUGACUGUACUUACCCAGAACUGACAGACAAGCACAAGCUUGCAGAGUUAUGUAAAAAUCUCAAUUUUCGUCACAAAAUGGCUCAGUAUGCCCAGCGAGCAUCAGUGGCUUUUCAUACCCAGUUAUUUUUCAAAAGCAAAGGAAUAGUGAGUGAAGAAGCUUAUAUUCUAUUUGUACGAAAGAAUGCUAUUGUGGUGUUAAUUCCAAAGUAUGGUUUAGAAGGCACAGUCUUUUUUGAAGAGAAGGACAAACCCAAGCCACGACUUAUUUAUGAUGAUGAGACACCUUCACUUAAAAUAGAAGAUACAGUAUUCCAUAUAUUUGAUAAAGUUAAAGUGAAAAUCAUGUUGGACUCGUCUAAUCUGCAGCAUCAGAAAAUUCGAAUGUCCCUGGUAGAACCACAGAUACCAGGAAUAAACAUUCCUACUGAUGCUUUAAAUGUGGACAAUAAUGAACCAGAGAAAAAGAAAAAGAAGCUUGAAAAAUAGCAAUAUCCAACGAAGAAACUUGAAAGACUCGUUUUCUUUUUUAUAAGAAAAACUUGAGACCCUUUUUGAUUCAGAGAAGUGUGUGGUAGAUUGUUACUUUUAAGUACAUUUUAAUAAUUUAAAAAUUUGAAUUUUUAUUGAA